AAUUGCUGCAACAACAACAAUUGCGUACACACCAGCAGCUGCAACAAGAAGAGCAGCCACAGCACAAGCAGCAGAAUUCAAUUCUUUCCAGCGAGACGUGCGACGUCAAUGAAUCUGUUGCGCCAAAGUCUAAACUGCCGGCACCUGGCGACGAGUUCACCACCAAUGACAAGCAAAUAGACGAGGCCGCGUAUUCAGGCUUGUCUGUUCAGACUAUUGGUGAUUCUGAGCAGAAGACAAAGUCUGUUUGGGCGCCACAUAAUGAACAAGUUGGCAGCAAUCGGUCGCCUGUGUUGGAUAAGUCAUCCUGUGAUGUACUACGAAGUGAGUCUGAUAUUUCCACCUUGGCACCAAGAGCCGAUGAUUUUUCUCACCUUGAACAACAAAUGCAACAAAAAAACUUACAAGAAGUCAUGGGGCCCAAUCAGAUGUUGCCUCGAAAAGAUGGGACUGAAAAAUCAUCAGGGUUCACGUCUCUGUCGGGACGUACCUCACAACACAAACAAUCUCUCGGCUGGAGCGACGCGCGCGAGGAAGAGGUAACGCUGCAACCCACGCAUGCUGAAGUAGCGCAGCCGCAUCAGUUCGCCUCCUCUCAAGUUGAGGUAACACAAGCUUCACAGUUUAGUUCAGAACAAAUGCACGAGCCUCAGAAGCACGACGAGAACGGCAACACCCCUGAGGAAGAAUCUAUGGCAGACGACGAUUGGUACAGGAAGAGUGACAAGCCUCAGUCCAGAGACGGCUUCGUCCUCCAUCAUCAAGAGCAGAUGCAGCAGAAGCGCCAGGAACUGCAGCAGGUCCUCAAGGAGCAGAUGCUUCAGCACGAGCAGACAUGUCAGGAGGAAGCGCCCCUACCGAGUUGUGCGAUGCAGCAGCAUCUGGAGGAGCAGCAGCAGCAGAAGAUGUUGGCUCAGCAACAGAGAAUGCGUUCGUUCGAAGACAAGCUCUGCAGAGGAGAGCUUCCUCCCUCGUCUCCUGGUGAAAAACUAAGUCACGAGCACAACGUUGAUGCGCCUGCAUCCAAUAACGCCCCUUCAAGUCAGGAGCGUGAGUACCAAAUGAGGACGUCUGGUAACGUUUCAUCAGAAGCAUCUGCCAACUCCAGCGUUACUUACGACAUGGACACGACGAGCGUUGCUAUGACAGCUUCACCCAUCGCCACAAGCUCGCCGCUGAUCGCUCCCGUGUCGUACGCUAACGGAUCGCUGUCGUGUGGCAGCUCCCCUCACGCAGCGUACCCUUUGUCGCAGUCCCUCGGGUCCUCGCCUCAUAUACCCUCGACUCGUCCUAACUUCUACACGAGAGGUGCACCACAUCCCUACUACGAGACCCGGACAAUGCCUGACCAUCAGACUCGUCCCAUGGCGGACCAUCAGACGCGCCCCAUGCUUGACCGUCAGACACGUCCCAUAUCGGACCAUCAGACGCGGCCCAUGACUGACCAUCAGACUCGUCCAAUGUCUGACCAUCAGUCACAUUCCAUAUCUGACCAUCAGACUCGUCCCAUGUCUGACCAUCAGGCUCGUCCCAUGCCUGACCAUCAGAUACGUCCAAUGUCUGACCAUCAGGCACAUUCCAUGUCUGACCAUCAGGCUCGUCCCAAGCCUGACCAUCAGACUCGCCCAACGCCUGGCCAUAGCUUUGCCAACAACUUCCAGUCCCCAGACGCGAGUUCCCAUGUGAUCGCUGGUAAUACCUAUACAUCCGGUGGCAAUUUCCACACCUCUAGUGGCAUUUCCUACUCAUCCGGUGGCAUUCCCUACGCCUCAGGUAUAAAUAGUCUCAUCACUGGAAGCUUUUCGCACAUUCCCGGUACGAACGCCCGGAUGUUCAGCAGCAACAGCCACGUGCCUGCGACAAGUGGCUACGGGUCGGCAGGCCAUUUCGAUAUGCUGCCCUCACCGCCAUACCUCAACCCCAUGAUGUCAGCCAACGGCUCGGCUGCGACAUCGCUGUCCUCGUCCACGCUGAACCUCAUGAAGAAGCAGAUCACGGAGAUCGAGCGCGAGAUCGCCCUGCGUAAACCCGACCCUUCGUAUGUCGCCGGGUCCUCGCGACAUGGGGACCUGCCCGCGGGCCCUGUCAGCUCUACCCUCGACCUGCAGCUCCUCGACCCCCUCAAUGAUAAGAUGGGAGAACCUCCCCCGCCCCCCGCCCCCCACCCCCACCGAGGGGGCGGUGCUAUCCUUGAGAACGGCACAUUACCGCAGCACAAGAGCAGUGUACUGCACAGUCCGCACUACACGCCGACGUGCGACGGGGCGCUGCUGCUGAGCUCCCUGGGGCCCAUCACCAGCCCCGGCCUGCCCCCCUCUGGCCUGCCCAGCUCUUCUGCUCCUCCUGCGUCAGGGCAGGACCCUUCCUCCUGCACUGCAGUCAAUGAAAGCGCAGGCCACAAAAGAGAAAGCGUAGCUGCGGCCAUCGCGGACAUAAAGCAAGCCAUCCGCCGGACCAAGAACCUGCCCCUCAAGUCUGCCGCGGACCGCAACAACGUCGGCCCUGACACGCCCGUCUGGGUGCCCAGAGCCUCGAGGAGAAGUGACGGGCCGGUCCUGGGGUCCCCCAGCGACGGGCCCGUGCCGCUGUCCCCGACGUCGUCCUCGGGCGGGACGUGCAACCACGUCGAGAACGGGCCAGCCCGGCCCGACCAGCGGCACGAUGAAGACGAUGGCGACACGGACCAGGAAACAGACCGACUGCUGGGCCAGCAGCGAGCUGAGGACCAUGGCUACGGUGCACCUGACAAGGCCUGGCGACGAUCGAAGCCUCGCUGUAUUUUGCCUCGUAGUGGAAACUUGGCCAACAUCAUCAACUCUUCUUCCAAUAACAGCGUCAUCAGCAACAGUAGUACCACAAACAGCUGCAAUAUCAGUACUCCAACCAAUAGCUGCAACCUCAGUAACAUCAACAGCUCGAGCAGCAGCAACAGCAGUGUCAGCAACAUGGCUCCGCCUUGCUCACCCUCCAUUGUUGCUGAUGGCAGCAACAGCCAUGCUGCAGCUGCUGCUUCGGUUGCAUCCAAUGCAUCCGUGCAGCUCAUGAACAGCAGUAGUAGCAGCAGUAGUAGCACAAUCAGCAACAACAACGGCAGUCUCACGAAUGUUAGUGGAAUCACAAACGUCAGUGGCCUUACUAACAUCAGUGGCCUCACGAAUGCCAGUAACUUGACGAACGUCAGUGCCCUCACCAACAUCAGUGACCUCACGAAUACCAGCAAUUUGAUGAACGUAAGCAACCUCACGAACACCAAUGGAAUCACGAGUCUCGGUAGCCUGACUGCAGAAAACGGAGCAGGUAUCGUCGACCGCGACGAGAGCGACAACAGCGACGGCAGCAGCCAGAGCAGCAAGAGCCCCCGCCAAGUGCGUGGCUCCGGCCGUGGAGAGUCACCCAGCACGGCGCCCUCCACACCCAUCAACCAGUGUGGGUCUAGAGACGACAGCACAUCUACUCCCACUGGCCCGUGCGGGUCUCAAGAUGAAAAUUCCACGCCGCCUUUAGGGCAGGGGGAGUCUCAGGACGGGUCUUCCCCUAGCGCCACCUCGCCUGAAGUCACAGUCAAUGGCAAAACCAAAGCCAAGAAGGAAAAAGAAGCGGCGAAGAAGAAAGGACGCUCCAAAGAAGUUGUGGUGCACGAACCUGCAGUGCUGAUCGAGGGCGUGCUGUUCCGGGCGCGGUACUUGGGCAGUACGCAGCUAGUGUCGGAGGGGCAACCCACCAAGACUACACGCAUGAUGCAGGCUGAGGAGGCCGUCACCAGGAUCAAGGAGGCAGAAGAUCCGGAUGAAAAUAUGACGAUGCGCAAGAGUGACUCAGAGUCCUCAACAGUUAAAACAACCCCUUCGUUACUCCCAAGAAACGCAUCUUCUGACAGAACUGCUACUACUAUCCGUGAAUUAUCAGGCGUUGGUAUGUUUCCGUCCGGCGAAGUUUCUGCAAUUAUUUGCGAACCAUUUGAGUCUGAAUCAUGCAUCCUGCAGGCUGAGCCAAACGAAACAAACAUUAAUUUACCGCAAGAUGACCCUGCCGGAGAUACUCGAAACUCUGAGGAUCAAGACAAGGAAAACUGUACUACCAACUCGUCGAAUGAGCUACGCGACGGGUUAAAUGAUAUAAAUGAUAUCGAUGACGAUAGAGACGAAGUGAUUGACGAAGAGAAUGAGGAAAAAACAGAAAAUGAUGUGAUGGAACAUCAAGAGCCUGUCGAACAAUACAAUCCACCUAAAUAUACUUCAGCGACUUACAAGCCAAAAUCGCAGUACCCUCAAAAUCGCAACAUUCCAGAAAUUUUACGUAUUCAGGAAGAGCUUCUACCAGGCGAAGAGAAGCAAACACUACACGAACGCUUCUCAAAGCUUCAAGAAUUUAAGAACAAGAGCAUGGUCAUCUCUGCAUUGCCGAGGGUCAGUUCUUCUCCUUCAAAGAAAUCCAUUUCAAUUCCUCGCGAGUAUCGUAGGUCUCCGAAACAACCUCUUGUCUACGACGCUGACCCAUAUAUGCUCGAUUCUCGUUUUAAAACUACUCACUUAUGGAAAACUCAAGCAAAAAUAUCCACUGGCGGGAUAGCAGGAACUUCUGUAAUCACGGUUCCUUGUGAUGGCAAAGCUAAUUUGCUGGGCGUUAAAUCGGCUCCUCUGAAGUCUCCCUUACCUCCUGGAGUUCUUGAAGAGCCUAUUUCACCAUCUCGGAACAAAUUGGAUAUUCAUGGACAGCUUCUUGAUUUCAUCGAGGAAAGAAAUGCAGCAGCGAAUAGUAAACUUCAUAAACAUCUCUUACAUUUCUUACCCGAUAAGAAAAUUAAAAACUUGAAAGAGAGAUCGGGAACUCAGGAUGAGUUACAAAUGCUCACUGAACCUCAACCCGACGAAGAUGGAGUGAUGCUCUACGAGGAAGAUUCCAAUGACGGCAUGGACCGUAAACUCCAAGAGUUCGACGAUGAUAUCAUUGAAGAGGAAGAGGAGGAAGAAGAAGAGGACCGUAAAGACAAUGGAACUACUGCUAAUGUUGGCCGUGCCAUGGCAGAAGAUGCUGAAAACGGAAACCUAGCUGAUGCCAUCGCUUCUGUCGGUCGGAAUGGAGUGCGUCCUUCUGAAGCUUUGCAACAUUCGCCUAACACUGAUAUAAGCUCUGAUGACAACGACUUUAGCGAACAAGAUGACAAUUGCAAUAACAAAGAUACUAAGAACGUCCGUGACCUUGGCGACAACUGCGAAACCGACAAAGAUGAUGACAGUGCGACUGAUGUUUCUUACUCUCGAAACGACGUGGGGAAAAAAACUGACAAUGAAGUGCGCCCUCCGGAGUCUCGGACCCGAGGUUCCAAUAUUCGCCAGGGCUCAGUGGGGAACGUGGCGUGGAUUGUAGAUGGUGUGGGGGGUAUAGGGGCGACAGGAACGGUCUUCCACUUACGUCUUGUUGGUUCCGUGGAGGUUUCCGAAGAACGUUGCGAUGUGUCGGUGGGUAGUAAGAACAUCACCACGACUGCCUCGGCUAAUCCGGGCAAGCGUCCUAGGAAGGAAAUGGUCACGGAAGCUGUGUCGAAGCUAAAGGCUUUGGCGCCCGAUGGUGAAAAUCAGCCCAACACAGAAGUUGAUCUCUUCAUUUCGACCGAAAAAAUUAUGGUUCUCAACACCGACCUUAAAGAGAUCAUGAUGGAUCACGCUCUCAGAACAAUAUCGUACAUCGCGGACAUCGGUGACCUGGUGGUGCUGAUGGCGCGCCGCCGCAUGCUGCCCACCGACGACACCAACUCUCUGCAGAAGCAGCCCAAGAUGAUCUGCCAUGUCUUCGAGAGCGACGAGGCUCAGUUCAUCGCACAGAGCAUCGGUCAGGCCUUCCAGGUCGCUUACCUGGAGUUCCUCAAGGCAAAUGGAAUCGAAGAUCACAGUUUUGUUAAAGAAAUGGAUUACCAAGAAGUGUUGAAUUCCCAGGAAAUAUUCGGCGACGAGCUUCAAAUGUUUGCCAAGAAGGAACUGCAAAAAGAGGUGGUGGUACCAAAGAUGAAGAGUGAAAUACUAGGCGUGGUGGUGGUGGAGUCAGGCUGGGGCUCUAUGGUACCUACGGUCGUCAUAGCCAACCUCUCCCCUUACGGUGCGGCUGCCAAAUGUGGCCAACUCAACAUUGGCGAUCAAAUCAUCGCCAUCAACGGCGUGUCGCUCGUUGGCCUGCCGCUCUCAACGUGUCAGAAUUACAUCAAGAAUACCAAGUACAACACAGCAGUGAAGCUGACGGUUGUUCCCUGCCCUCCUGUUGUUGAAGUUAAAAUCAGAAGACCGGACACGAAAUACCAGCUCGGCUUCAGCGUGCAGAAUGGAGUCAUCUGUUCGCUGCUGCGCGGAGGGAUCGCUGAGCGGGGCGGGGUGCGGGUUGGGCACAGAAUUAUCGACAUCAACUCGCAGUCUGUGGUGGCCGUGCCCCAUGAGAAGAUAGUCAAUCUCCUAGCCACUUCAGUUGGGGAGAUCCGCAUGAAGACGAUGCCAACUUCCAUAUUCCGAUUAUUGACUGGACAGGAGACGCCGCAGUACAUCUAACGCAAGACUCGCAAGUCUUUAGGAAAUUUCUGCUUACUUUUCCAAAUGAAAAUAUUCUGCGCCACGCGUAUUUUUUUAUCGAGCUCCGCAUAUUGAGGCUCGUCAUCUUGUCAGGAAACUUGCAAAACGCCUCAAUGAAACCAGUGAAAAUGAAUGAAAAAUGAGUCCUUGUGAAUUGCUGGGAAGUGAAUUAGACCAUGAUUCCCUUAAAUAUAAAGCACAGAAAAUAAACUCCUCUUGCCUAGUCAUGAAUUUUUUCAACAAAAAGUUCAAAAGCAAGCCUUGAAUGAAAUUUGAUAACCUCAAUCAAUUAUCGUUGCAAAAAUAUUCUUCUGGACUUAUGAAAAAAGUCCGCGAGGUCCCUCUAGUCGAUUGGUGUUGUCCACAAAUGCAGCGACUUGGCAGUAUUGUACACUGGAAUCAAAACCCUGAUAGUGUGAAUAGUUUGUAAUUAAUGCUCGUGAUUAUCUAUCUUUUGUUAUAUGACCAUUUUCUUGUUUUGUGAUGGUGAAAAUAUUGAUAAAAGACUUGAAUCUCCACUCAAAUUUAAAUUUUGAGGCCAUUUUUUCUCAUUUAAGAAUUGGAAAGCUACGUACGUCAAGUGGAAGCGCGUUUUUUUAGAAUAAGUGAAGUUUCUGAACCGUGUGACCAGUGCGACGGAUGGUAAAUUUCUACCGCUUUAUUAAAACUGCACAUCAUCGAUGCGAUUGAGUAUUGAUACGAUUUGGCUGCCAUAACAAGUGAUGGCUCGUCGAUAUAAAGUUUACAGUGGGUGUUUGGUGGCGACGAAGAAUGCUCUAUAAUUUAUAUAAUAGCAGAUAUAAACAAUUUGAACCAUCCAUGCACUAAAGUAAGUGCAAGACACGGAUGCGUAAGAUAAGGAAGUAUAGGCGCGUCCUCGUAUGAUUGUCUCUUGUAUAUUAAUAUUAACUGAUGUAUGUAUUCUCAGCUCCUCCUGACUUUCUAAGACGAUCAUGAUUUUCUUGAACAAUGUUUACGAGUGUAAGAUUUGUUUGUCCAAAAAUGACUGACCGUACGUAAUGAUUUAAACUUUUGUAGGAGAUGAAGUUAUAUACGUCGUUGUACUCUUAGCGCCUCAUAUACAGCCAACUGUACUAUAUACUAUUUCUUCUAUACCUACCUACUAUUACUUCUAAUGCUGUCUUGCAUUCCUUAAACUUAAAAUACCAAAGAGCAUGCAUGCCGCACUCCAGCUUUCUUCGAUGCAAAGCUUCGUAGUCGACUACAGGAUAUUUCCCUGUUGAGCGUUAAGCUCUCUCGCGUACUCCAUCUGUUAUCUGCUUACUCCCAUCUGCUCUCCUACACUUUCAAAUCUGCCGCUUUUGCACGGAGCUUCCUAAGUUGAAAGACGAAGUUGCAGUCGUGGUGUUUGCGAUGCUGGCUUACUUGCUUCAGUUGCGGGUACCGCUGCUGCACGUAGAACAGGAACAAGAUUGUACUCCCACGCCAUCUGUUCUGAGACUCGUUUAAUGCUGAAAGAAUCCCAUGCGCUAGCUGGAAACAUGUUGAGAGAAACUUGUUUAUCUGUAGUCGUUGAAAUACUUAUUUCCAGGUUUUACCAGAAAAAUUACCUCGUCUGCCUUACGUACAAAAUUUUAUGUAGAUUUAUCUGAACAGUCUUAACGGAUCUUCUCUCCCCACACGUGUCAUAUCGUCUGCUGUUACUUAUGAGUUUCAUCAUAAAGAAGCAUUCCACUUAUUUUUUUAUUCGCGGGUCUGAUUCUUUCAAUGAAGUUCAAAAGAUUAGUUAUUAUUUAACUUAAGUUGAAGCGCGUCAAGAACUGACCCGCUUCUGCUGAAUACUGAAACUGAGGUCUAUGCAUUACUAACCCAUAUCACUACUUUUUUAGGUGAGAUUUUAAGACUUUUUGUACAGAAUUAUUGAUCAAAUGCAUCCACGGUACUUCAUUGUCGUUUUCAGGCGCGUAAUUGACUUUAAUGCAUUCAUGAAGCGUUCGCAUGUCAGGCAUGCAUUCGGGUGAUGAGGAACGUUAAGUGAAUGAGUUCUGUAAUUAUGCAUCCAUUUCAUUACCAUGUAGGACAACAAUUUUGAGAUCAUUUUUUUUUU